AUGCGUGGUUAUCUCUUGAUACAGUUGAUCGGUCUAAUGGCCUCAGCUGUCCUAGUUCUGGGCAAUAAAACCGAGUUAAAUCAUGUUGUUGAACGCGUUUUUUCACGUCAGAAACGUUUUGUGCUUUUUCCAAAGGGAUCGAACUUAAAGUUCACAGGACAAUUGAGUAAACGAUUACUUUCUCAGUACCCAAGCGGAGUGAAUAUGAACAUUGAGCAGGCCUGUUAUUAUCCUGUGCCCACCACUCGUGAAGAUGUGUAUCCCAAACGCUUUCGACCUCGAACAACAACUACUCCGGUGCCAUUAACAACAACAGAGCCAACUUUUGUUUGGAUCCCGGGCACAGAUUGGCGCUUCAAGGCGACUGCUCUUAAGAAACCGAAACCCCUUAGAUUGCAUCAACGAAUUGAUCUUAGACCUGAUGCACCGAGCUAUGUUGAUACUACCCAGUGGCAGAAGUGGUCAAAGUAUGGACAACACAACAAAAAUUGGUCACAAGCUGGACAACAGUACAAAAACUGGAAGCCACCUGCAAGUAAGUGGAGCAAGUGGACUACAGAGUCUCCGCAAUGGAGCAACUAUGGCAAACGUUGGCAGAGGUCAAAAGAAGAACCAAUGGAAGAAGAGCCCUACGAUCCUGAAACUGCUGAUUACGAAGCCAUUCCCUAUCCAGACCUUCAUCAUCUCAAGGAUUGGCGCCACUAUCAUGCUCAUCGUGAUCGUCGACAGCUCUUUGAGCAAUUUGGUGGAUUUACACAACUACUCGGCAUCGACAUUAAGUCUUGUAUCUUAAGAGCCAUGUGUGACAGCAAACGUUUGCUACUGCCACCAGGAUAUUCUAUGAUCCAAGACAUUGUUCGGGUGGUCUUGACCAUGCCCACUGUAUCUGGACUUGAAGAUGAUUACAGUCGCAUAAUGCGCAUGGCUCCAGAAGAUUGUACUCAACAGUUGCGGAAUCAAUGUAAGAUAAACCUAUUGGCAUGGUUCCUAGGCCAGAAUAAAACAUAA